CGCUGCGCCGGGCGGAGUGGGCUGCGGGGAUGCGGGGCACGAGCUGCGUGGGCGGCGGCGGCGAGAGCCCGGGUGGCGCCGGGCUGAGCGAGGGCCCGCGGGGCCGCUGGCUGCGCCUGGCCCCCGUCUGCGCCUACUUCCUCUGCGUCUCGUUGGCCGCCGUGCUGCUCGCCGUCUACUACGGUCUCAUCUGGGUUCCCACGCGGCCCCCCGCAGGCCCCGCCGGCCCGCCGCCCAGCGCGCCGUCUCCUCCGUGCGCCGCCCGCCCGGGCGCGCCGCCUGCCCCGGCGCCUGCCGCUGCCUCGAUCUCCUGCCUCCUGGGAGCCCCCGGCGGGCCGCGACCCCAGCUCGAGCUGCCGCGCAGCCGCCGCCGCCGCCGCCACAGCGACCACAGCCGCCGCCCGAACCACCGCCAGACACCCAGAGAGAGGCCGGAGGCCGCGGGGGGCCGAGGACCCGGGUAGCCGUCCCUUCCACCCCCUGCUGGAUCUCCGGCCCUCGAGAGGCCGGCGCCCCCGCGGCGGAUGCUCCGUACCCGGUCAGGCCCGGGCUCCGUCAGGACAUCGCCCAGCGUCUCCGGAGUCGUCAUCCUGAAGAAUGGGGAGCGAAGGGGAGCUGGCUUGGGGCCUCGCUCCUCUGCCGUCAGGCUUCUCCGCCAUCAGGCUCCUCUGCCAUCAGACCGGGGUCCUCCGCCAUCUGGCAGACCCUCUCCUGACCUCUGCCUUCUGACCCCGUCCAUGGGAUUCUGAGCACAGAGCCCACAACCCGCCCUCCUCCUCUCUGAAUCUCCGUGUCCGUAUGUCCCCCCUGCAAUAAACUCCAGCCCCAAGUGCCUGGUGCUGUGUUUGUUGUAUUGUUUU